GGCGCAACCUUAAAUCCGUGUUCAGUAAACCAGCGCAGCCGAUAUGAGUGGCAUUACAUUGGAAUUUCUUCAGAACCUACUUAAGGACGACUAUCCUGAUGUCACUGUACAGGAUUUUGAGGGCGCCCCAGGCACCAAACGAGGUGACAAUUACACCUCCAUGGUUUUCCGCAUCCAACUGAAAGGCGUCCAGAAGCACCGAGAUCCUGAUGCCUCCGGCGAGACCACACAGCCUUGGACUGGCUCCAUCAUUUACAAAUGCCUUCCAGACAGCAUAGAGCGAAGGAAAACCUUCAAGAGUGAAGAGUUAUUCUGCAAUGAAGUGGCGUUUUACAAUAAGAUCUGGCCAGCGUUGAAUGAUUUCCAGCAACAGCGGAAGGUCAAGAGCCCGUUUAAGGCGAUACCGAAGUGUUAUCUGGCGCAGGAUGAUCUGGUUAUCCUGAAGGACUUGAAGCAGCAGAUGUUUGUGAUGCCGGACAGACGACAAGGGCUAACUAUCGAGCAAUGCUACUUUGUUCUCAAGAACCUGUCUCAGUUCCACGCUCUAUCGCUGGCUAUGAAGCAUUACAACCCAGAAGAGUUUUACGAACUUCUUAACGUGCAGGAUGGCAUUUCAGAAGUGUUGUUUACAGGUGAUAAUGAAGACUAUUACAAGUCCUACUACCGCGAAGCGACACGUAACGCUGUGGACAUGGUUGAGGAAGAGCUGGCAGGCUGUGAAGAUAAGGAAAAAUAUCUGUCGAAAUUCCGUGAAUUCUGCAGUGAAGAAACCUUUUUUCAAAUGAUGGUCUCUCUGGUGACCCCGCGGGAACCUUUGGCCGUCAUCAAUCAUGGGGAUUGUUGGACCAACAACUUUUUAUUUCGAUACGUGGAUGGGGACAUCGCCGAGAUGGUCAUAGUAGACUUCCAACUAGUCCGUUACGCCUCUCCGGCCUUGGACCUGGCGUACCUUCUAUACGUAUGCCUGACUAGAGAGCAGAGGACAGAGCAUCUGCCGUCUCUUCUGGAGUAUUAUUCCGAGGAGCUGUAUAAGAGAUUGAUGGAAUUAAGCGACGAUGGCUCGGUGUUUAGUGGGAUGGAUAAGGAUACGCUUAAUGAAUUGUUCCAAGAGGAGUUCCACCGUAGUGGGAAGUUUGGCCUCGGAUCAGCUCUAGAUAUGUACCCCAUCAUGACCUGUGACAGCAAUGAGGCGCCAAAUCUUUACCAGGCUAAGGAUACUGAACUAGUGCCUCCUCAUGAAUCGACCCCAGUAUCGACAUCAAAUGCUGCAUGCAGGAAGAAAAUGACAGAUUUGGUCAGAGAACUAGUGGACGGUGGAGUUCUAUAAGUUACCUUAUUAGGUCUGUUGUGCACUAGGUACAAUCGGGAACAUUGCCGGUGAACCACUUCAGAAAAAAAAUACCUCUACCCUUACGAGCGAACUAAACUUCGCCUCCCAUAUAUAUAACUAAAGAUAGAUAUAACUCCGUAAUAGAUGAAUACAGUCUAAGGAAAAAACGUGCCUCGAAAAUCACGAAAGUUUCAUUCUCGAUCAGAUGGUGCCACUACCUUUGUCCUACUCUCGUAUAGAGGGCGUUGACGGUUUCGUUUGUUAUUUAACAAUUUUAACGCAUAUCAGUGAAAGAACAUGGGUCAAAAUCAUAUAAAAAUAAUUAAUGCAAAUAAAAAAAAAUCAUUUAUCCAUAUUUAAAUACAUUUUAUCGUAUUUUUAUAAAUCUCCAUUUUUAGUUUUAAAGUGUGUCGAUAGAUGGCAGUGAAUUUACUGUGGUUAUAAAAUUUACUAUGACAGUACCGCUCUAUCCUAUUAUAUCCUCUUUGAUAUAACCAAUUACGAUGCUAUUAGGAUUCUUUAUCUUAAUAUUGGAAAGAGUUAAAACAGGUAAUGAGACAAACAAUAGAUAGUAAGGACAGUUUAUUAAUUGUUGUUGUUUAGGCUAAACUUCGCCUCCCCAUAAAGAUAACCAAUUAGGAUGCAUUUUGGAUUCCUUAUCUUAGUUUGCAAAUGCCGGCCGUCACAAGACAAUGGACUGCAUUAAACUUUACCUGAGCUAACCUUUUUUUAUCCACACCCACAUUUUUGUCUGCAAGACUAUA